UGGCAGAAUCCUCCAGCUUCCUCUCAACCCUUCUUAAAGCUGGACUAACAGGAGGAAUAGAUGCAAUUUAAAAGCAGAGGUGCUAUGAAAGAUGUGGCGCUGUGAAGAGGUGUGGGUGACUUAUUAAAACCGCAGGAAAAGGCCAUUGGACUGCAGCCAAAUAGGAUCUAACCCUGUAGAGAGCUGAAGGGAUAUGGAGAAGGUUGGAUGCACUUGUGUUUGGUGACCCAUUUAAAGACUUGACUGGAGUCUGAUUUCCCCCUGAAAGGGAGACAAACUAAAUAGACUUCCCUGCGCAUUGACAGCUGUAGACUGGCCAUGGACGUUCACGAAUCCAUGUUGAUAAAUUUUGUUAAUGAUAUGAACCUGAUCGGGUUCUCUCAGAAAUUAGGACCAGAGGAGGAGCAGGUGUUCAUCGCUCCCUGCUGCACAAACAACCAGACGCGGAUCAGCGGCUCUUCUUGGAGCAGAGCCCCGCAGGACAGAGUGUGUCUCGACCAUCCGAUGAGCGGAUCAUCCAGGUGCUGCAGCAGCAGGUCCAAACGGAGGAGGAUCAUCACCGGCGUCCAGCGCCAGGCGGCCAACGUGCGGGAGAGAAAGAGGAUGUUCAGCCUGAAUGAAGCGUUUGAUGAGCUGAGGAGAAAGGUUCCGACCUUUGCGUACGAGAAGAGACUGUCCCGGAUCGAAACCCUGCGCCUGGCUAUCGUCUACAUCUCAUUCAUGAUGGACCUGCUGGAGAACACCUGAGACAGUUAUGUGACAGCUGCUUUUUUUUUAUUUUUUUUAGACACAUGAAAGAGCUGCUUUAGGUUUCCGAAAUUUCACAGAUUUAAAAAAUAAACGUCCGCAGAGGUCGAAAAGUUUCGUUUUAUUUGGACAUAGUUCUAUGUUUAUAACUAGUGUUUUUCUUAUCGUUGCUUUAAUCAGUAUUAGUGGUUUUAUUAAACUGUUGCACAUAGACUUUAUUUUGGGCUCCGGUUCUAAAUCUUGAUAGCACCUUCAAUUAAUGUUUAAUCUAUUCAAGCCGGAUUGUGUUGACUCAUUGUCAUUUAUACUGAGUCAACAUUUAAUGGGUGACUAAAAGCCAAGAAAUUAUUUGAUUUGAAUAACAGAAUUAGCAGCUGCAUUAUCGUAUUCACUUUUCAUUGUUCAUAGAACAAAAACGGCAC